AUGGGUACUCUGAGGGACUUGCAGUUUGCACUGCAGCUGAAGAUCGAGGAGCUCCGUCAGAGAGACAGUCUGAUAGAUGAGCUGGAGUUGGAGCUGGACACCAAGGAUGAUCUCAUCCGACAGCUGCAGACAGAACUGGACCGCCAUCGCAACGCUUCACAACACACAGGGAGCACAGAGAACACAGUGCCUGAUGAGCCGCAGAGGACUAAGAGACAGGCAAUAUCAGCAGAACCCACAGCCCUGGACCCUGCCCAACUCACACACGUCACACUCACCAACUACAGCAAGAGUGAAGAGUCUAGAGAGCUGAUCCAUAGAGCUCUGUUGGAGAAUGAAUUCAUGAAACACCUGGAGCAGGGACAGAUUCAGACCAUAGUUGACUGUAUGCAUCCCACUCGUCUGGCCCGGGGCUGCUGUGUCAUACAGGAGGGAGACGACGGAUCUCUGGUCUAUGUACUGGAGGAGGGAAAGGUGGAGGUGACUAAAGGGGAACAGAAGCUGUGCACCAUCGAUCCCGGGAAGGUCUUUGGAGAACUGGCCAUCCUCUACAACUGUACCAGGACUGCUACUGUUACAGCUCUGACUGACAUUAAGCUGUGGGCGAUAGACAGACAGGGUUUCCAGACCAUCAUGAUGAGGACUGGACUCAUUAAACACUCCCAAUAUAUGGAGUUCCUCCGCAGUGUUCCCUCCUUUCAGUUGUUGCCUGAGGACGUUCUUAGUAAGGUAGCUGAUGUUCUGGAGGAGACUCACUACAGUGAAGGUGAUUACAUCAUCAGGCAGGGCGCCACAGGAGACACCUUCUUCAUCAUCAGCGAAGGACAGGUAAAGGUCACGCAACAGAAAUCAUCCAAUGAGGAGCCAGAGUUUCUGACCACACUCUCUAGGGGGGACUGGUUUGGAGAGCAGGCGCUAAAAGGGUGA